GCGUGACGUCACAUCCGGGCAGCAGCUUGUUGACAGAGCGCUGAUUCUGCGAACCGAUCGCGAUCAAACUGGAUAUGGAGAGCUCAGCAUGGCAUCUCUCCCUGAAACUCAGCGACAAACCCAAGGAAGUGUUUCAGUUUCCAGACACUGAACCCGGAGACGUGCGUCCCGGAGGCUAUCAGGUGUCGACGCUCAAGCAGCUGAUCUCAGCGCAGCUCUCGGACGCACUGCCCGACCCUGAGCUCAUAGACUUCGUGCACUGCGGCUGCGUGCUGAAGGAUGAUCUGACGUUAGACUCCUACGGGAUCAAGUCUGGAUCAACGCUUCAUAUCAUCAAGAAGACGUGGCCGGAGCCGGAGGUCGAGCCUGAGCCGGUGAACAGAUCUGCUGCUGCCCGAGAGUUCAGGACGCUUCAGGCUGCUCUGCUCUCCAGCGGAACCUACAGAGACGCGGUACUCGCUUCAGAAUGUUCACUCAGCAUUUGUGACCCUGGAGCACAAAACCAGUCAUAA